CACACGCACCAUACGGUUCAUGACAUAAAAAAAUCAGCUGAUUGUUACGAAAUUAUCUCGAACAUUCAAUAUUGUUUUGAAGGAAAUUCGUUAUGAUAUAAUAUUAUUGGACGUUGUGAAAAAAUGAUAACUGGUAAUAAGUGCUUAUUGUUAAUUGGAAUAACUGCAUUGCAAAUAACCGUAAGUGAAAGCCAGCGGAAGCCGAAUCGAGUCGACCAGGAGAAGAAACCUCAGUCUGUGCGUGACCUCUUCAACACCUCGUCGUGCAUUCCACCUCCAUACCGAUGUCCUCAUCCAAGAAUGCAAUACUAUCUUUAUACCAGAACGACGCAAGAAAAAGGUGAACUCAUCAACACUCUUGACAAUGACUCUCUCACGAAGUCGAGGUUUAAUCCUAUUCAUCCCACGAAGAUUGUCGUGCACGGUUUUGGAGGGGGGAGGAAUCUGUCUCCUAGCACUGAUAUGAGGAAAGCAUACUUUACCAAGGGGAAUUACAAUAUCAUCAUAGUAGAUUACGGAACCUUGGUCAAGGAGCCUUGUUUAAGUCAAGUAGAUUGGGCACCGCGUUUCGCAGGGCUGUGCAUAGCUCAGCUGGUGGAAUACCUCCAGUACCACCCGGUGAAGCCUUUCCCUCCCGAACAGCUGCACACCAUCGGGUACAGCGUCGGAGCUCACAUAUUGGGGCUCGUAGCCAACCAUAUCUCUGAUGGCAAACUUGGACGAAUUACAGGUCUUGAUCCAACGAUCCUGUUCUACAUGGGCAACAACCGCUCCCGGGAUCUGGACCACACCGAUGCCCUGUUUGUGGACAUCCUUCACACAGGAGCAGGAAUACUAGGUCAAUGGGGGCCUAAUGGUCACGCCGAUUUCUAUGUCAACGGCGGUUCGAGCCAGCCAGGGUGCGCUCAUGACACGAUAUUCCAGACGCUAUCGUGUGAUCAUACGAAAGUGACUCCCUACUUCAUAGAGUCAAUCAACAGCCGUGAAGGCUUCUGGGCAGGGCCCUGUCCUAGCCUUUUCUCCUACCUUAUCGGAUGGUGCGAGCCCAAGGACUCCGAAUAUGUUCUGAUGGGCGAACAUGUAACUCAUAAAGCACGAGGGGUGUAUUACGUUACAACAAAUGCGAAGCCACCAUACGCCAGAGGAUUCCCUGGAAAGACCAGACGACUCAGAUCAGUCUCUCCGUACAGCUGAUCAAAGGAAUGGCAAAACGUUUUAUUAUAGAUCAAGUUAGUUUCAAAAUUAGAUCAAUUCAUUUUUUAAAGAACUCGUUAAUAGUCGUCUCGUAAAAUUUAUUUACGAGAUGGUGGAAAUAACAAAUCCUACAUGAACUCGAUGUCGCUAUGAAAAAUUCCAGAACAUAAUUGUAAGGAUAUUGUCUCGUCUAAGAAAUUGCUAAAUGAGUUUUAUUAAAAUGUAUUUUAAAGUUUAUACUGAUGAACUGUUUUUUGACGAUGAUUAGGUACUUCAGUCAUAAAUUUAAGAAGAAUAUAAAAAAAUACUCUCUCUCUCUCUUAAAAUCUCAGCGGACACCUAGAUUAUUUGUAGGAGGAACGCCUAUUUCGGAUAGGUGUUGUAAGUUAUGUCAUUGACCUCUUACAUUACUUUAUUUAAAAAAUGUACUUACUAAUUAAUGUUCUCUAAGACCCUUCAGAAAUGUAGGUAUGAACCAUAAUAUGUAAAAUUAACAUAGAGCGAUUUGUCACUUAAAUAACUUUUUAUAAGUUUUGAUGUUCCAUCUCAGGUGUCAAUAA